GUCUUUCAUCGCAGCUUCCCUUAAAGUUAUAUACAGAACGUCGCAACGCUCCCGUCUGUCUCUAUUGGAAUUCUAAACAACGAAUUCGGGAAACAACAUGUCGAUGGCACUACGCUUCUGCACAGUUUUGCUUCUCAUCCAAUGGAGCCGUGCUGUUCCAGUUUCAGAGACGAGUGACCUCGCCGAUCUGCGGGAUAAUGUUUCGAAGCUGUGGAAGGCCCUCAGGGAACUGGAAGCUGAAGUCCGCGAGAGUUUCGAUAUUCACGCGGCUAUCGAAAAUCACGAACAUCAGGUACAUCAUCUGGGUCACGAGGAUAAUGGACACGAUAUUCACCAUUCUGAACGCCAUCUCAAGCAUCUCGAACAAGUCCACGGGCGGACGAUUGCUGGUCCAGCCGGUAUCGAACCCCAUAAACCACACACUCCCGAAGAAAAGGAAGUUCUACGACAUGAACACGAAUUUCAUCACGCCAAUGCUAGUUUCGAGACGGAGGAAGAACACAGAGCCCAUCACGAAGAGAAUUUGUUGAAACAUUUGGAGCUCGACCACGGACACGGUGAACAUAACGGUGUUCAUCACGGCAAGAUGAAUAAGGAGAUCGAACACGAAAUCGAUGUUCAUUUCAUGCUGCGCAGUCACGACGGUCACGCUGCACAUCACAAUGAGAAUUUACUGAAACAUCUUGAAGAAGAUGACGGGCACGGCCCAGCUGCAGAUCGACCUAAGCCCACGACGACACCCAAGCCACCCAGAGGAUCCAAAACCUAUCAAGCCGUUUGCGAAAUGAAACCCAAUCGUGCCCUUCAAAGAGCUAAACACAGCAUCGUUGGCAAAGUCGCGUUCACGCAGACGACGGGAGGUCCUUUAAAUGUUCACGUUAACCUCAGAGGUUUGCGUACGAAUGGGAAAAGUUUGCACGGACUGCACGUGCACGAGCUUGUUCCAGAUGAUGAUGGUAAUUGCAACCAAGCGGGGGGACAUUUUAAUCCGACAAAUUCGGUUCACGGUGGACCCAAGUCACGAACCAGGCACGUUGGAGAUUUUGGCAACGUCGAAGCUAUUGAAAACCAAGGUAUUAACGUAUCGUUUACUGAUUCUGUAGCGUCACUUACCGGACCAAAUUCAAUCCUACAUCGAACUCUUGUGAUUAAGGAGAAAGAGGAUGAUCUGGGAUUGAAUCGUGCUGAUACAGAGAGCCUAGCCAAUGGUAACACUGGCCGUCGUUUGGCUUGCUGUAUCAUUCGCGCUGUUUAAAGCGAUAGCAUUCUUAUCCAUUCUAAAUGAACAAGAAAUUUUCGGAAACUGGAUUUCCUUCUGCUACUUGAUCAGCAGUUUUUGCUGCUUCUUCACGCCAUUACUGAUUCGCAACUUGUGUUUUGCACCGCACGAUUUUUUGAUCCAAGUAUCAAGUUGGCUUGUUAAAAAUAUAAAAAUUCAAGUUAA